AUGAGCCAGGGCUAUCAAGUGUUUAAUGACCCAAUCCAUGGUCACAUCAAGCUGCAACCCCUGCUAGUGAAGAUCAUCGAUACUCCUCAGUUCCAGAGACUGCGGUAUAUUAAACAGCUGGGAGGAGCCUACUUUGUGUUUCCUGGAGCUUCACACAACCGAUUUGAACACUCAGUAGGUGUUGGAUAUUUAGCAGGUUGUCUCAUUAAAACUCUAAGUGAAAAACAGCCAGAGCUUGGCAUCACGGAAGAAGACAUCCUGUGUGUUCAGAUCGCUGGCUUGUGCCAUGACUUGGGUCACGGCCCAUUUUCUCAUCUGUUUGACCGAAUGUUUAUCCCAAGGGUCCGUCCUGAACUGAAAUGGGAGCAUGAGAUUGCAUCAGUGAAAAUGUUUGAGCAUCUGGUGAAGGAGAAUAACCUGGAGGAUAUGAUGAUGAAAGAUUAUGGUCUUUCUAACAAAGACCUUGAAUUUAUCAAAGAACAAAUUGCAGGACCUUUGAAACCCUCUGCACAAAACAAGUGGCCCUACAGUGGAAGACCUGAGGAAAAGUCCUUCUUGUAUGAGAUUGUGGCAAAUAAGAGGACUGGCAUUGAUGUGGACAAGUGGGAUUAUUUCGCAAGAGACUCAUAUCACCUGGGACUCAAGAACAUCCCAGACUACCAGCGUUUCCUAAAAAUGGCCAGAGUGUGUGAGGUCAAUGGGAAGAAGAUCAUCUGUGCCAGAGACAAGGAAGUCCAUGAUUUAUAUGACAUGUUUCACACAAGACACUCCCUACACCGCAGAGCCUAUCAGCACAAAGUGACCAAGAUCAUUGAGGAAAUGAUAACAGAAGCCUUGGUCAAAGCCGAUCCUUACAUUCUGAUCCAGGGAUCCUCUGGAAAGAUGUACAAAAUGUCAGAGGCCAUAGAUGACAUGGAGGCCUACACCAAGCUCACAGAUAACAUCUUUGAGCAGAUCCUGUACUCCUCUAAUCCAAACCUGUCCGAAGCUCAAACCAUCAUGAAGAAUAUUCUCUGCAGAAAAUUGUACAAGUGUGUGGGACAGACGAUACCUGAAAAAGCUCUUAAUUUGACAGAGGAAGCAUUGGCCAAAGAAGUGGCUGAGUCCAAACCUGAUGACACUGAGGUUGUCCUGAAAGCUGAAGAUUUCAUAGUCAGCGUAUUUGGUAUUGAUUAUGGCAAGAAGGAGAAAAACCCCAUCGACAACGUCUACUUCUACUGCAAGCACAACCCCACUGAAGCCUUUCAGAUCCGCAAGGAACAGGUGUCCAAACUGCUGCCGGACAGAUUUUCUGAGGAGCACAUCAUUCUUUACUGCAGACAGACAGAUAAACUGGCAGAUGCAAAGAAAUACUUUCAGCAGUGGUGUAAGACGAAGAAUUUGAAACCUCGGGAUGCUAAUGUUUUAGUUCAAGAACUUACUCCUGCCAAGAAAACUCAAAAUGAAGAACAAGGAGAUGCAGAGGAAAAAGUUCGGGUAAAGAAAGCCCUCUUUUAAACACCAGGCACGGACAACAGUGUUGAAGCCAAUUCAACCAAUUCUCCUGUUAAAGGUUUAAAUUGAUUAUAAACUGAAUUUUAAACUGACUUAAACUCUAUCUUGGGGUCAUAACGUAUAUACUUCCAUUACUUGUUAGUUGUAUUUAGGGUAGGAAAACUGUUGUCUUCUAUUGCUUUACAAAAUAAUUAUUUUUACUUUAAUCACUUUCUUUCACAUGGUCAUGUAAAAGAUUUACCUUCAUGUAGGGACUUUCUGACAUUUAAGACUUUCUAUUAAGUUUACUUGGUGAUGUGUCUUAAAGAAAUUUAAUUUAAGGCUAAUAAAUUCUCUGGUUUCAUCUUA